AUGAAACAGUCCCAGAACUACGUAGAUCAAGAUCUUACUCAAGCCAUACACACUCUUGCGUGCUCUAUAGAGUCGCCCAUAACCCCGAUCACUAAAGAUGUAUUGGUCUCCAUCCAUACACUUGGAGAUAUAGGCAACAUCUUUGGUAAAACGACUCAAGAGCGUUACAACAUACUGCCGUAUCAAGCGACAGACGUGAAGAUUAUGAAUGUCACGGCAGUCACAGUGCAGAUGCCCUCACACUCGCCAAUGAAUAAAAAAUUUGCUCAGUCGGAAAGUGAGACCAUCAUUUUACCAGACUCGUUCCAAGUACCGGUCGUAUGCCGCACAAGAUACGAUGCACAGAGAAAAUUCAGUAAGUGUGAAAACAAGAUGACCUGCAGUUGUAGUACUGGAACAUCUCCUCACAUUUGUGAAUGCAAUAAGGAAUCGAUCGGUCAUAUACGCUUAGGAGGACUCCAAUCGAUUACCGCUGAAGGUUCUAUGGAAAUAUACCCUCAAGGCACUGACCUUGCCGUAGAUUCCUUAGAAGAAAUAACUCUAUAUAUAAGAUCUAGUAUGCUAACCAAUAGCUCUGAAUUGGUCGUUGACGACCAGUGCACGGCCCAGGUAACUGAGCUGUCUGUCGCUGAAAUCAAGUGCAGCAACUUCACCACAAUUGUGAAGUGCAGUGCAGAGAAUAUAACAACGGAGCUGAAUCUGAACUUCAACAAGGCACUCAUUGAAGAAACAUGCUCUAUAUCAUGUGGUAAUACCAAAUCCAACAUUGCUCUCAAAGGUCAUCUGUUCUAUCAUCCGGUUUCAAAUGACUCCAUAUUUUUCAUAAUUCGGAGGAGGGACGCGUGA